GUCCUGCCGUGCCAAAACAUAAUGCCAUGGGCCUUUAACAUCAUCACCUAAAAAUGAUCAAAGCAGAACCAACAAGUGUUAGUGGAAUAUAAAGUUAUUGCGACAAAUAACUCAAAGAUGGUUUUGGAGUAUGCAGUGUUUCCGAAAACAAAACCUCCAGCAAAAAUGUCAACUCCUUCACCAUCUCUCUACCCUAUUCUCAUACUGAUUAUCUCAUUUUUAUGUCAAGCAUCAGCCAUUCAACUGAAUGGUGCUCGCUAUCUUGGCAAUUUCUGGAGUUCAAGCAGAUCACUUCCACUUAUUGCUAAAAGCAGAGCCCCAAAAUACCAGUAUGAGACCAAAUAUUUCCAACAGAAGCUCGAUCACUUUAGCUUCGCUGAUCUACCUUCGUUUUCACAGCGUUACCUAAUCAAUACCCAACACUGGGUGGGUCCCUCUCGCUUGGGCCCUAUUUUCCUCUACUGUGGGAAUGAAGGUGAUAUAGAAUGGUUCGCUGCCAAUACCGGUUUCGUAUGGGAAAUUGCCCCUCGUUUCCGCGCCAUGGUUAUCUUCCCCGAGCAUCGAUACUAUGGGGAGUCAAUGCCAUAUGGAAUUAAGGAAGAAGCAUAUAAGAAUGCUACAACUUUGUCGUAUCUAACAGCUGAACAAGCACUAGCUGAUUAUGCUGUGUUAAUCACUGAGCUUAAAAGAAAUUUAUCUGCACAGGCAUGCCCUGUUGUGUUAUUUGGUGGAUCAUAUGGUGGAAUGCUUGCAGCGUGGAUGAGGCUCAAAUAUCCCCAUAUAUCCAUUGGUGCACUUGCUUCUUCUGCGCCAGUUCUUCAGUUUGAAGAUCUUGUGCCACCUGAAACCUUUUAUAACAUUGUCUCCAAUGAUUUUCGGCGCGAGAGUGUGAGUUGCUUUAACACUAUCAAAGAGUCUUGGGAUGUGAUUAACAAGGUGGGACAGAUAAAUGGUGGACUUGCACAACUAACGAAGACUUUCCACAUUUGUAGGGAACUGGAGAGUGUUGACAGCCUGUCUAACUGGUUAGAAUCUGCCUAUAGUUACUUGGCAAUGGCCAACUACCCCUAUCCUACCGACUUCUUGAUGCCUUUACCUGGAAGCCCCAUAAAAGAGGUAUGUAGGAAGAUUGAUAGUUUGCCUGAUGGUGCUAGUGUGUUGCAGCGUAUAUUUGAAGGAAUUAGUGUCUAUUAUAAUUAUACUGGAAAAGUUGACUGUUUCGAUCUGGACGAUGAUCCUCAUGGUAUGAGUGGUUGGAAUUGGCAGGCAUGCACUGAGAUGAUUAUGCCUAUGGCAAGUAACAGGACGACUAGUAUGUUUCCAGAGUUCUAUUAUGACCCAAAGUCGAAUGAAGAGCAGUGCUUGAAAGAUUUUCAUGUCAAACCCAGGCCAACAUGGAUAACAACUGAAUUUGGUGGACAUGCAUUCAAGAGUGUGCUAAAAGCUUUUGGGAGUAACAUCAUAUUCUCAAAUGGCCUGUUAGAUCCCUGGAGUGGUGGCAGUGUUCUGGAGGAUGUGUCACAAAAUAUAGUUGCACUAAUAACUGAGAAAGGUGCCCAUCACUUAGAUCUGCGUGCUGCAACUGCUGAAGAUCCUGAUUGGCUUCUGGAUCAAAGGUCAAGUGAGAUUAAGCUGAUCAGGGGAUGGUUGGACGAGUACUAUGAUGUAAAGAAGGCAAUUUCAGCGAGUAGAUAAUGUUUUCUUCAUCAGGAAACUGUCAAAUUUUACUUGGUGUUUUUGUCAUUGUACAUAUUGCAUUUAACUUUUAACGGAUAAGUGACCGGUUGCAGUGCAGCAUAUGGAACUGUAUUACCUUUUGUUUCCACCGACACAUGAUCACUUGUGGUAUUUCUUGUACUCAACUAUCUAAGGUAAUUUAUGGAAGUGUUAACAGACAAAACUUUAUCUUUCUA